CCCUAAUAGAGCACAGUAUGCUUGUCCACAGUCUUUUAGGUUCAAUGGGCGACCUCUGUCGCUCACAUAUCGGCGAAAUAUUGAUGUAAUCGCCUCAUUGGCAUUUCAGUCGACGUACGGAGAACUACGGGAUGAUCCGGCGAGAGUCGGUCACAUUACCUUCCGAAGCACUUUCAUUUUCCUUACACAUCCUUGACUUCUCCUCUUCGCCCUUUCUAUUUCUUUAUUGACCCGGAAACGUCACUGCUCUGAUCCAUGGCGCGAGGCUUGUCCUUAGGGACUAAAUCGUCGGCUGAACAUAGUAAAAGUUACGGGAUCUCAAAAUCAGCAGCCUUGAUUUUUGCCUUGCUUUUCACCGAAGCUAUCUUAGUCGCAUUAAUCAUUUACUUCGUCCCAUAUACUAAGAUCGAUUGGGAUGCCUACAUGUCACAGGUUGCUGGGUUUUUGGGUGGGGAGAGGGACUACGGCAAUCUUAAGGGAGAUACAGGACCUUUGGUCUAUCCAGCUGGAUUUCUGUAUGUGUACUCUGCAAUUAAGUUUUUCACUGGUGGUCAGGUCCUUCCUGCUCAGAUUUUAUUUGGUAUUCUUUACAUUGCAAAUUUGGGCAUCGUCUUUCUGAUAUAUUCGAGCACUGAUGUGCUUCCUUGGUGGGCAUUUGUGUUGCUUUGCCUGUCGAAGAGAAUUCACUCAAUAUUUAUGCUUCGUCUAUUUAAUGACUGUGUUGCAAUGACUGUGCUUCAUGCUGCAUUAGUUUUACUUCUCUAUCAAAAAUGGCAUUUCUCUUUGAUAAUCUUCAGUGCAGCUGUAUCAGUCAAAAUGAAUGUUCUCCUUUUUGCCCCGCCAUUGCUUCUUCUCAUGUUGAAGGCUCUGAGCAUCAAGGGUAUUUUAUCUGCCUUGUCGUGUGCUGCAUUUGUGCAGGUAGCCUUAGGUUUGCCUUUUCUGCUGACAUAUCCCACGGCGUACAUUUCUAGAGCCUUCAACCUCGGUCGAGUCUUCAUCCACUUCUGGUCAGUUAAUUUUAAAUUUGUUCCGGAUGAAAUAUUCAUCUCAAAAGAAUUUGCAAUUGCACUGCUGGUUAUUCAUCUGACGGUGCUUUUAUUAUUCGCGCAUCACAAAUGGUGCAAGUAUGAAGGUGGACUUCUCAUUCUAUUGCGUUCAAGGUUGCAUAAUGCUAUAACUGAACUUCUUCACAUCCGUCAGUUCUUCCAUUGUGAAUCAAUAACCCAUGUCCUUCAUAAAGAGCAUAUUUUAACCGUUUUGUUUGUUGGGAAUUUCAUUGGAAUAAUUUGUGCUAGGUCUCUUCACUAUCAGUUCUAUUCCUGGUACUUCUUUUCUUUGCCUUUUCUCCUGUGGAAGACUCCCUUCCCUACCAUCAUCAGGCUGUUGCUGUAUGCUGGCGUAGAAUUCUGCUGGAAUGUAUAUCCAUCUACUUCCUUUUCUUCGCUAAUGUUGCUUUUCUUACAUUUAACGAUAUUGUGGGGUCUCUGGAUCUCUCCAAUCGAGCAGCCCUUCAUUGAUCAAGAACUGCACUAAUAAAUGAUCCCUCAAUUAUAUACCGUCAGAAGAUUUCAGUGCUGAUAUCACUUUUUUAAGGUUUUUCAUGUUUGAUUUUGAUUAUGAUUGUAGGUAAAAUCCAACAAUGAAAUUUGUAUGAAAACUCAAGAGUUUGUUUUUUUCCGAUUUUAUGAAAGCUUUUAGACGGAACUUUUAAGGUUAGAAUUGAUUUGUUGGUAUUAGAUUUGAGGCAGUUGGACUCAAAUUGAAGACUGUGAUGGGAUAUUAGCUCAUUUUCUCUCUCAUUUUUGUUCUUUCACGUCUCUCUCUUGUUAUUUACAACAUUUAUCUAAUAUUUUUUCAAUGCUUUAAUAUGUUAUAUGGCAUCCUUUGAUGUGUAGUCAGAAAAGUGAAGUUGCGUAGAG